UACCUGUCACUUGUCGUUUGUCCUUUAGUGCAUGAACCAUUUAUAUUGUUGGUGAUAUUUUUGAUCACCACCAAAAAAUCUUGAAACAUCGUAUUUCUAUAUAAUUCUAAAUAUCUACUUACUUCACGAGAAUGCCACGAGAAUUGACAGAAAUUAAAGAAUUUCUUCUGACUGCAAGAAGGAAAGAUGCUAAGUCUGUUAAAAUAAAGAAAAAUUCAGAAAAUACCAAAUUCAAAGUGCGCUGUUCCAGGUUUCUGUAUACCCUAGUAAUUACAGAUAAGGAAAAAGCUGAAAAAUUGAAACAGUCACUUCCUCCAGGUCUGCAAGUAAAAGAGGUCAAGUGAUUAAGUAUGUUUAACUAGAAAUACAAAGAAUUUUUAUUAAAA